UGAAAGGUUAAAGGCAAAACGUAAAUCUGCGAUUUCCGGGAUUGUGAGAAGCAACACAACCAAACAUGGGGCUCACAAGUUUGGAAAAAAUCGUUGCACUACAGAAAAAUACAUCAAACAUCAGGAAUAUAUGCAUUUUAGCUCACGUGGACCAUGGAAAAACAACUUUAGCAGAUUGCCUUAUCGCCAGCAGUGGCAUUUUUUCCAGUCGGUUGGCUGGAAAGUUGAGAUAUAUGGACAGCAGAGAAGAUGAGCAGAUACGAGGAAUUACAAUGAAGUCCAGUGCCAUAUCGCUGCAUUUUACAAGUGAUGGCAGUGACUACCUCAUCAACCUGAUAGACUCUCCGGGCCACGUAGACUUCUCUUCGGAGGUGUCGACGGCAGUGCGGCUGUGCGACGGGGCCAUCGUGGUGGUGGAUGCGGUCGAAGGAGUCUGUCCUCAGACACAAGCAGUUUUAAGACAAGCUUGGCUGGAAAACAUCCACCCAGUCUUGAUUAUAAAUAAAAUAGACAGACUGAUAUUAGAACUCAAACUAACUCCUCUAGAGAUCUACACUCACCUUCAAAAAAUCUUGGAACAGGUAAAUGCAGUCACUGGGUCUCUUUUUACUUCCAAAGUUUUAGAAGAGAGAGCCGAGAAGGAUGCAGAUUCCCAGGCGAGUUUUGACAACACCAGUGGAGAGCAGGUCUAUGACUGGAGUGCAGGGCUGGAGGAGACAGAUGAUUCACAUCUGUACUUUUCACCUGACCAGGGGAAUGUGGUUUUUGCCAGUGCAAUAGAUGGCUGGGGUUUUAGCGUACAACAAUUUGCCCAGCUUUAUAGUAAAAAAAUGGGCAUUAAGGCUGAAGUGCUGCUCAAGACACUGUGGGGAGAUUUUUAUCUCAGUGCCAAGGCAAAGAAGAUAAUGAAGGGAGCUCAGUUGAAAGGGAAAAAGCCUCUCUUUGUUCAGUUCGUAUUGGAGAAUAUUUGGAGUUUAUAUGAAGCAGUGGUCAUCAAAAGGGACAAGGAUAAAGUGGAAAAGAUGGUCAGUUCCUUAGGACUCACAAUUGCAGCAAGAGACUUCCGGCAUACAGAUCCUAAAGUCCUCCUCAGUGCUAUCUGUAGUCAGUGGCUUCCAUUGUCACAUGCUGUGCUCACUAUGGUGUGUAGUAAGCUACCUAGUCCUUUAGAUAUAUCAGCCGAGAGGGUGGAGAAGCUAAUGUGUGUCGGAGCUAGGCGGUUUGAUUCCCUUCCAGACCAAACGCAGGAUCUUAAGAGAGCUUUUAUGGAAUGUAAGAGUGAUGAUUCUGCUCCAGUGAUUGUGUUUGUCUCCAAGAUGUUCGCUGUUGAUUCCAAGACACUGCCACAAAACAAACAGAGGCCUUUAACUCAAGAAGAAAUCGCACAGCGAAGGGAACUGGCCAGGCAAAGGCAUGCAGAGAAGUUUGCAGCUAGUCAAGGGCCAGAUAACCCUGAACAAGCUGCUACUGGCAAUACAGCUGAGGCUGCAGCAUCCAUUGGGGAGAUCAGAAAAGAUCUACUCAGUAAGCAGAUGGAGACCAUGAGUCUGAAAGCCAGCACACCAGAGAAAGAAGACAAGGAGCAUUUUGUUGCUUUUGCCAGAGUUUACAGUGGAGUAGUGCGGAGAGGGCAAAGGAUGUUUGUUUUGGGCCCAAAGUAUGACCCGGCUGUGGUCUUAAAUAAGUUGCCUGCGGGCUGUUCUGCUGCAGAUGAUCUUCCAUCAAUACCCCACAUGGCUUGCUGUACACUGGAGGAUCUCUACCUGCUCAUGGGUAGAGAACUGGAGCAGCUGCAAGAUGUGCCCUCAGGCAAUGUGCUCGGUAUUGGAGGGCUGGAGGAGUUUGUAUUGAAGUCGGCCACGUUAUCAACCUCUCCUGCUUGUCCUCCGUUUACACCACUGAAUUUCGAAGCUACUCCUAUUGUGCGAGUGGCUGUCGAACCCAAACAUCCCAGUGACAUGCCCAAGUUGGUUCGAGGGAUGAAGCUGCUGAACCAGGCUGACCCCUGCGCUGAGGUACUCAUACAGGAUACAGGGGAGCAUGUGCUGGUCACGGCGGGAGAGGUGCACCUCCAGCGAUGCCUGGACGACCUGAGAGAAAGAUUUGCCAAGAUAGAGAUCAGUGCUUCAGAGCCCAUUAUUCCAUUUCGAGAGACUAUAAUUCGACCUCCGAAGAUGGACAUGGUGAAUGAAGACAUGGGGAAACAGCACAAGGUUGCUGUGAUACAUCAAGUAAAGGGAGAACAGUCCAAGUACUGUGAAGGAUUCCAGGUUGAUUCUGAUGGACUGGUCACACUGACUACCUCAAACAAAUUGGCCACCCUUGGCAUUAGAGCAAUGCCACUUCCCGAAGAAGUGACCUGGCUCUUGGAGGACAGCAGCGACCUCAUACGAACAAUGGAGCAGUUCAACUUAAAUGUGAAGGAAGGCAGGGAGGCUCUGGAGAUCAAUCAGAGAACCCUAGAGGCCAUCCAGGACUUGAAACAGAAGCUGGAGACCCACCUACAAGGGCGGAAAUGGAGGGGCGCUGUGAACCACAUUUGGACGUUCGGUCCACGCCGAUGUGGGCCUAACAUUUUACUUAACAGGUUAGAAGGUUACCAGAGACCGUCAGUCUGGCAGUGUUUAGAUAAACACAGAUCUGAGGUUGGAGUGUACCGGGAUUUUGACAACAGCAUAGUUAGUGGGUUUCAGUUGGCCACACUUUCCGGACCUAUGUGUGAGGAACCUCUAAUGGGGGUCUGCUUCAUUGUGGAGAAAUGGGACAUGAAGACACCCCAGCACUUUGCACAGACACAUCAUCAAGACUCCGUGGAAGAGGAGACCACUGAGGAUCUGCAGGAGCAAGCGGAGGGAGAAGCCAGCAAUAACUAUAAAGGACCACCUCAGGGUGCACAUGCUCAAGUUAGUCCACACUCUAAUAGCACCGCUGGGCGUUACAAACGUAAAGAUGACAUUGCCGUUGCUGACUGCUACGGGCCCUUCUCGGGGCAGCUCAUAGCAGCCAUGAAGGAUGCCUGUCGACAGGCAUUCCGGGCUAAACCCCAGCGCCUCCUGGCUGCGAUGUACACCUGUGAAAUCAUGGCCACUGCAGAGGUACUAGGUCGGGUGUAUGGUGUCCUGUCCAAGAGAGAGGGCCGAGUGCUGCAGGAGGCGAUGAAAGAAGGCACAGGCGUGUUCAUUAUUAAGGCAGUCCUGCCAGUAGCGGAGAGCUUUGGCUUUGCAGAUGAGAUCAGGAAGCGGACGAGUGGCCUUGCCAGUCCACAGCUGGUCUUCAGCCACUGGGAGGUGAUCUCCAGUGACCCGUUCUGGGUUCCCACCACAGAGGAGGAGUACUUGCACUUUGGUGAAAAGGCAGACUCUGAAAACCAGUCACGCAAGUACAUGAACGCAGUACGCAGGCGCAAAGGGCUCUGUGUGGAAGAAAAAAUCGUGGAGCACGCAGAGAAGCAAAGAACACUAGGCAAAAACAAGUAACUCGUUAACACUGGCUCUUGUUGAAUAGAGGACGUGGCUUGUGUUACAGGAGAACAAUGCCAAACCUGUACCGAUAGUUAACUGGCACUUACAAUUACAAUACAAUUUUUGUUUUUGCUUUUAUUUUUGGGGGGGGGGGGGCACAGGGGAUAUUGAGAUAUAAAAUGUUCCAACCACAAGACUUUGAAUCAGGUCUUCAGACAUAAUUUAAUAAGGUAACCAUAAAGAAGCUGUUCAGAAAUUCACGCCUUCUGAAACUGCAAGCAACAUAGUGUUUUAGGGUAUUUUGAGGUGUAUAGGUUUAAGACCAAGAACUAAAAAAUUCAGGAGAUUAUAUUUAAUGAAUAGUAUUUUUGACCAUAUUGUGUGUUUGUAUUAAGCAGAAUAACUAAAACGUAUGCUAUUAACAUGUGGUCUAUAAAUAUCAUUGAAAUCUUGAAAAUCUGUAUGGAAAAUACAAUUAAAAUAUUCUACU